AUGAAUUGGGAUUUUCUAAAUAGAAAACUAAAGGAAUUCUUUGAAUAGAGGCGAUAAUAAUCCAUUGAUAAAUUAUUUACUCUAAAUGCUGUAACUGAUAAUAACUUCCUUAAAAAAUAAUUCCUAGAGUUGGAAACUUAAGUUACAGAGGAACAAAAAUAAAUUGUCUCAUAACCUAGUGUCCCUAUAACUACACCGACGCCUUCGAAGUCGAAAUAAACUCCGAAAUCCUUUAAUUAGAUCUCUUAUCUCUUUUCUCCUCAUGGACCUGCAAGAUCAACGAACUCUAUGCAAAUGAGAUAAAUCGUAACAAGUAACCUAAAAAAUGGGAAUAACAGCUAUAAUCAUGUUAAAAGCAAGGACAUCAAGAAAGUGUAAGAAUUAGUAGGUUCAAAUAGUAAGACUUCUUUUAAAAAUAAUGGAAGAAAACUAUAAAAAUAACAAACUUCAGUCUCACAAAAGAUUCUAAAAGAUUUAGAUGAUCAAUUCGACCCAUCACCUACUAAUCUGAUUAAACCAUGUGAAUCACUGAAAUGUUUCAUUACACAAACCAAAAAUAUUAAUACAUUAUCAAUGAAGGCUUAAUUGAAACUCAAAUCUUAAAGAUCUAUCAGAUAAUUAAAACAACCUAGUCCUGCACUGGAUAAUUUCACUAAAUUGGGGUUUGGAAAUAGUACUGAUCCAAGAGUGGGUUUAGAUAGGUUUUUAAGCAAUAAAUGGUUGUAAUUCGUUAUUGAAUAAAAGUCAAUGAGAAAAGAUGAUUAAUUUGAUAACUAUCUCUAAUAAUAUAAUGAAUCUAAAUAGAAGGAGUAAAGCAUUUAAAAAUUGAAAUAAAAGUAACAAGUAAGAUAAGAUUUCAAUAGUGAAAUACCAUAAUCAUUGAUUUUUAAACCACAUCGAUAUACUAAAAAGAUAACAAAAGUAAAGAAGAAUGAAAUUUCAGAAUUAAUCUCCUCCUAUUCUCAAACUGUUUUUGAUAUAGAAAAGAAAAGAGAUGACGAUGAACUGAUUGAAUUCUACCCUAUCUAUUACGAAAAGAAAGUUAAAAGACGAAGGAUUAUUCGUAAAAUGAAAAUUCUAGCUAAAAAGGCUAUUAAAUUAAGAACAUUUGUUUUAGAUUUGCUCUAGAAAUUUUAACAAUUUGUACCAUACUAAAUGCCAGGCUCAAUCGCCUUUUUGAGGUUUGUUUAGUAGAACAAUCUUUAAGCAGUUAAGGAGAUGCUGGAUUAGGAUAAUUCAUUCAUAGGUUCUUUUAAUGAAUAAGGACAGUAUGCCAUUCAUUUAGGAGUGAUGAUUUAAUCGAUUGAAAUGGUCAAACUACUGUUAUAUUAUAGGGCCAAUGUAAAUUCAGAGGACUUCUUUCUCUAAAAACCACUUUAUUUCGCUUUGAUAACUGAUAAUUUACAGAUAAUUAGAUUGCUACUCGCUUGUAGAGCUUCACCAUGGGAUGAAAAUUUGAGAGAUUACUUCGUUUGUUGUAGAAGUGAAGAUGCAAAAAAUCUAAUAAAACUAGGCUAAUAUCUUAAAAUAUAUAAUAAAGAUCCAGAGUGUAUAUUAAAUAUAGAAAAUAUCAAAUAACAAUUGAAUUAGUAUUGA